GAACAACACGGUGUCGUAUUUGAGGAAAAAGAAGUUGGUCACCCGUCGGCGAAUCUGUGAAGAGUAAAACCCUAAUGUAAAGCAGAGAGAACAAACAGUCCAAAUCUAAUCUCUUUGUCGUCGGAAGGAAGAAGAAGAUCAAAAUGCCGCUCUACGACUGUAUGCUUUUGUUCAAGCCAAUAAUCAGGAAGGAAGGCCUCAUCGAUCUCGUUGCGCGCAUCGGGAAACACGUUUAUAGCAGAAAUGGCGUCCUCACCGAGAUCAAAUCCUUUGGCAAGGUCGAAUUGGGUUACGGCAUUAGAAAGCUCGACGGAAGACACUACCAGGGGCAAUUGAUGCAGAUAACAAUGAUGACAACUCCAAACAUGAACAAGGAGCUUCACUACCUCAACAAGGAAGACAAACUGCUGCGCUGGCUCCUAGUUAAACACCGCGACAUCAAGAUUGGACAAUUGGAAAAGGAAGUUAGUCUGACCGAGCCUAACAGACUUACUACUGAGAGCUUAUAUGAUAAUUCCUCCUCGGACGAAGAUGACGACAACAUUCUAGGGUUAUCACGAUGAGAAAAUCAUUUUCUUUGAAAUGUUUACUCACUACAUGGAAGUCUCCUUCAAUGGAUAUGAGUCUUUUUGGUUGCAAGUUGUGGUAUGCGUUUUUGCGUAGACAAUUAAAUUAUGUAAUAAUAAUAUUUUAGCCUUUUAGGUAAAUUGAACUAAAUUUCAUGUGUUUUAUUUUUGUUGUUUUCGCUAUUUUCCCAGUGGAUAUUUCAACUUCAGCAAUUGGGUUAAUAAUCCCGAA